GGACGAUGGACAACACUCCACAACGUUGCAAAGGGCUCACAGAGGUUCCAUACUCACACCCCUUCAUCUCGUCAACUUCUGGCAGAUAUAAUCCUAUUCCAAUUCCCUGUGGACUGUCAGGUCUCCUUCGUCGGGUAGCCCUAUAGGCUGUGCGAGGGCACACACAACUCAGUGCUCAGUUCUGCUUGUCGUACAAGGGAGCAAGCGCGCUAGGAGAAUUGUCCAGGCAAAAGGCUCCGAUCGCUGGAUACCGACGUCGGGAUGCGCCUGCUACCCUCAUUUUUGCCAGCGUCGACACGUACGGCAGGCACAUGGUCCUCUGCAACUGCGGCCGCGCUUGCAGUGAGCGCGCUCGCUUCACUGGUGCUGGCGCUUGUCGUUCUCCAACCGGCAGGCGCUGCGGCCUCGCCUCUUACACCUCUGCACAUGCAUCCACAUACUGCAGGAGUUCUUCCGUCUGCGACCUCAGUAUUCUCAUUGGGCCUCACACCUGUCGCGUUAUGGGAUAGGCUAGUUGGCGAGCUUUUCAGCUUGUCUGCUUCCUGGCUACCACGGCCUGAGGGAGGAGCCAGACGAUGGAGUGGGAGCAUCGCCAAGGUGGAGAGCCAUGUGAUCGCGAAUGCUGAUGCCGCCCAAGCCGCAAAUGAGGGUGAUGAUGUUACGCAGUCACAAGAACAUGCAAGCGGGUCGGGGAUCGUAUACCUCAUCCGUCAUGCCGAAAAGUCGUCAAAGUCGGGCAACGGGCUGAGCGCGCAGGGCGUCCGGCGCGCCGAGUGUCUCGUUGACCUGUUCACCUUUUCAUUUAGCCCUGCAUCUCUAACAGAUAAUGCGACCGCUACAGCAGAAGAAACAAUCCAGCGUGGACGCAAGCGAAAGGGAUCCCACCGCCAGGAGCGCAUCUCCAUCUCGGCAGUGUUCGCGCAGUCAUACAACCCAUCCACGGGUCGCCGCUCGCGGCCGUACCGCACGCUGCUCCCGCUUGCACGCGCGUUCGGCAUGAGCGUCGACCACGCGUGCGAACGCAAUGACGCGCACUGCGUCCGGAAGAAAGUCGCAACCCUGCUGCGACAGCCGCAGGUGCAGGGGGGACACGGCAAGGGCAAGGGCGAGGACAAAAACAAAGGGAAGAACGUGUUGAUCUCAUGGCAGCACUCAGCCCUCGCGGAUGUUGCCCGUGCGUUUGGAGUGCAUGGCUUGCACUACCCACCAGAACGUUUCGACAUCAUCUUUGCCAUUCAGGACGGACGCCUGCUUUCCGUCACGUCGCAAGAGUGCGUCGGGCUCGACGAGCGCUACUUUGGCUGGAGAGGCCACGGUCGCCACCUCACUCCUGGCGCUGCCUAGCUCGCCCAUCUGCUACCCAGCAAAGACGAGGGGGCCGAAUGCGCAAGGAUAGUCUGGCCAGCCGCGGGUUCGAUUCCACUUGUUUCUUUUGUUUUGCA